AUGGAACCUUACGUUGGUUACUCGGAACUUGCUCGUUACCUGAAAGACAAUGACAAUGCAACGUGGUCCUAUGCUGGAUUUCUGACACUCCACCGUGAUACUCUCCUUAAGUCACCACCUUAUUUGAAUGAAUGGUUUCAUCUCGAUGGUCGCUGGUCUAAUCGUUUUUUAUACGAAGUACGAGAACUGGAUCCAAGAGCAUUGGCUCUCUUCCCAGCCACUACCAUUGCGACAUCGUCUUUACUUGAAGUAAAGUCUGAACGUGCAAACAAUAGAUUCCAGCUAUAUUGGGAAGAAAUUAUAUAUGAACGGAAAGAGAUAUUAGCAAACCAAACGCAUCUCAAUGCAAGUAUGGACUUGCUGGGUAUUGCUGGAAAACAAAAUUUUCAACAAAUGACCUCUAGGGGUUGUCUAAAGACCUUCGGUGAAACCAAUAAACUACAGAUGUCAUAUACAAACAAUUUUGACUUCAAAAACAAUCCAUUUCUGGACAAAGAAAACAAGGACGAGGAUCGUGAAUUGCCGAACUACUCCACAUCUUCCGAAUCUAAAUUAGGUGAUGCAUCUGGGUGCUCCGACAAUGGAAGUCUUGAUAAUGGUAAUGAAGAUAUCAAAGAAAGUCCUGAAAGUAAAGAGGACGGUUUCAUGAACGAUCAUGCCAAAUUAGAACAUAAAAUGAAGUUCCUCGAUAUGCAUAUCGAUAAGAAGUGGAAGUUGCCUUCGGGCGAUUACGUCGAAGAUAUUUUGUAUGAACAUGCAAAAGAUUUACAAUAUGAAGAUCAAUUACAUAGCUUCAUAAUCGACACCAGCAAUGAUGCUAUAAUGGAUCUUUUCAAAGAUGUUGACCAUGAUCAUAUAAUUACAUACAAUACUUCUCCCGAACCUGAAUUAUCAGAUGAAUUGAUUAAUUAUCUUAUGAGAUAUCGUAAAUUUCAGCCUAACGAAAUGCGAGAACUGGUCAAUUCCGGCAUCAAUAUUUCUCCUUAUGAUUCAAAAAAACAUUUUAAUUUUCACUAUAUCCAUCAAGUUUUUCGCAACUCCUUCCCAGUUGAUGCCUGCUUUAUUGAUCUCGAGACAAUUGAAUUUAUCCGAGGCGAAGGCUGUUCUGGUGCAUCAAGACAGCGAAAAAACCGUGAUAGAAAGAAUCCGAAGGUCAGGAAGAUCAUGGGACGCAAGUGUGAUGGGAUUGUACGUGAUUUGGGAUCGCCAGAAGAAUUUGCAGUUAGUGAAGAAGGUCGCACUUGGACCGGAGAAGACGGUACAAAAUAUUUAUCUGACGGUUCAGUGAGGAUGCCCAAAAUAAUGCGCGAUAUGCUAUUUCAAAAAAUCAAAAAGCACGGUGUUAGUUUUGUCAAAAAGAAUCAUAUCGAAAUUGUCGGAUUUUUGCAUUCCG